AUGGACGAGAUUAACCGCGGGGCGUCCUACCCGUCGAUCGUUUCCCUGUUUUCCCCGAUCUUCGCCCACUUCGAAUCGAAUUCGAUGGUGUACCCGCUGCUCUGCUCCGCCGCCCCGCCCAUCUACGAUUCCAUUCUCACCAACGCGCUCAGCAACGACGCCAUUCCUCGUCUCGGAAGGUGCGGAUUCCCGCGGGGAUCGAGUGUAGAAAACGCGAGGCGGCUGAUCGACCGGAACUUGCUGGACACGCUGGCGGUGGCGCUGAGCAAGCCGCCGUCGGAGCGGAGCAGCGUGUAUCUGCUGCGGAUCGUGUGUUUGCUGUGCGAAUUCGAUGUGUCAUUGCAAGCCAUUCUGAAUGACGCGACGUUCUGCUCGCUGAUGCAGAACUAUAUUAUGAAGAUUAAGGAACAGAGCAAGGAGCUGCGCGAGCUGUCCGAAGCUCUCUUGGGGUUGCUCAUGCGGCACACGUCGGGGGAUGCACAGCUGGAGGUGCUGGAUCCCGCGAAGUUUAGCUUUGGGGAGCCGCCUAAAGAGUCAAUCAUACUGGUUUAGGUGCUAUUUCGUUAAUAUCGAUUAUUGUUAUCAUGCGUUGUG